UGGUUACCAUGUCGUUGACUGAAGACCAGAAGCGGCGUAUGAAGGAAAACAAAGCGAGAGCUCAAGCCAAACUCGAGGAGAGCAGACAACAGGCUGUCACAAAAGUGCCUGCUCCGUUUCGAGUCGAGACAACGUCUGGUCGUCGUCCGGCUGCUCCACAGGCCGUUAGAACCAAAGGCAAUAUGUCACGCACGUGGAGAAAACAAUUUCCGUAUCGAGCGCGCGAGAAACAUCGCAAUUAUUCGAAUUCGAAGUUCCCCGCCAAAUACUCGGGUUUCAACAAAUCGAUUGGACGACCAACGUUUGACGUAAAUUGUGCUCUGACGGAUUACAGGCGAUUUAGAAUUGAAUGCGGUUUUAACGAGUGUGUGGUGGCAGUUUGUAGAAACACAAAGGGUAGCACUUUCAAUGCUGCUUCUAAAACGUGGUCGAUUGGACUAGAAGAUCAUGCUGAUUUCAUCGAGCAGCUGAGCAAACAUGAUGAAAUUAAAGUGUGUCCUCUUCCAGCUUGGAUUGUAGCUACAUUUCAAGGGACACAGCAGUCAGCAAUCUCAGCAGUUGAUUUCGAUUCAAUAGACAAGAAUCUGGUUGCCACUUUGAUGCCUUUUCAGAAGGAAGGAGUGGAAUUUGGUAUUAGAAACAAAGGAAGAGUGUUGAUAGCUGAUGAUAUGGGUUUAGGUAAAACAAUUCAAGCAAUCGGUAUAGCUAGUUAUUAUUGUCGAGACUGGCCCCUGCUUAUUAUUUGUCCAUCAUCUGUACGAAUGAUGUGGGCUGAUGCAUUAGUUCGUUGGCUACCUUCAUUGGAGCAUCAGGAUAUUAUCGUUGCUUUCAACACAAAAACCGAUCUUUCAUCUGGACUUGUUACUAUUGUCAGUUAUGAUCUCGCUGUGAGACUACAAGAUAAGUUACGAGCAAGAGGCUUUCAGAUUGUUAUCGCAGAUGAAAGUCACUGUCUCAAGAAUUACAAAGCUUUACGAUCUAGUGUGUGUCUCCCUUUGCUGAAAUCAUCAAAGAGAACAAUUCUUUUGUCUGGCACGCCUGCUCUGUCUCGUCCUUCUGAAUUAUUCACACAAAUUGAAGCUGUGGCACCCAAGUUGUUUCCAUCUUUUAUCCAGUUUGGAGUAAGGUACUGCAAUGGACACAAGAGUCAUUUUGGUUGGGAUUUCAGUGGAUCAUCAAAUUUGGAGGAACUUCAGCUGCUACUGGAAGAGAAGGUGAUGAUUCGACGUUUAAAAGCAUGUGUCUUAUCACAAUUGCCCGACAAGUUUCGUCAGGUGGUCAAACUGGAUCCGAGUCUUGUGAAGGUGAAUAAGAUCAAGCAAGCAGAGGAAGAGUUCAUGAGAGCCACCCAGUCGAAGAGAUCAGAGAAGCACAGUGCUUUACUCAACUUCUAUAGUAGUACUGCGGAAGCAAAGUGCUCUGCUGUUGUGGACUAUAUUUCAGAUUUGAUGGAGAGCGGAUCAAAAGUUCUCAUUUUUGCUCACCACCAACGUGUGAUGGAUGCUGUGUGUAACACUUUAGAUUCUAAAAAGUAUGAUUAUAUUCGUAUUGAUGGUAAAACUGCAGGUGAAGAUAGACUUCCAUUGUGUGAGAAAUUUCAACAGAUUUCUACAGUUAUGGCAGCCGUGUUGUCGGUGACAGCAGCUAACACUGGGAUUAAUCUAACCGCGGCUUCUCUUGUGGUAUUUGCUGAGCUCUACUGGAAUCCUGGAGUGUUGAUCCAGGCUGAGGAUCGAGUUCAUCGGAUCGGGCAAAAGAACUCGGUCAACAUUCGUUACCUGAUUGCAUCAGGAACAGCCGAUGAUUACAUGUGGCAUCUGCUUCAAACAAAAUUGAAUGUUCUAGGAAAGGCUGGUCUUAGUAAGGAUGAUUUUCGUCAGUCUGAUUAUGAGAUGCAUCUUAAUUCUAAACAGAAAACCAUAGAGCAGUAUUUGGAAGGGUGGGAAACAGGAGGAGACAAGAAGUCUUUGUCUAGUAAUGAAGAUGAUGGGAGCGAGUGGUUUAUGGAUGACGAAUUCCUUGAAGGCUUGGGAGAACUACCAGAUGAGCCAGAUACGAAAAGACCUCGGUUGCAAGAUCACCAUGGACACGUAUAGUGUGGUGUGUGGUGUUAUCACGCCCAACUUUAUAUUGUGUACAAAGCUGUCGGUAACAACUAGACGUAUGUGUAUGACAAGGCGAUUGUAAAUGCAAUAAAUGUCUAUUAUUGUUGGAGCUGUCACCGC